AUGGCAAGGCAAUUAAGCCAUCUUUAUUUGCUAAAAAAGAGGAUUCUAGAAAAUUCAAGAGGAAGAAGAGAAGAGAAACUUGAAGCUAGAGAGAGAGAGCUCGGUUUUGGGGGAGAAAAAGAACCCAAAACGUCACCGAACAGCCCCAAAGUUUUAGCCGAGCUAGGAGAGCUUCCGAGGCAAGUUUUGGAGAGUUUCGGUAAAGAAAGACAAGUUGGAAGAAUAAGAAAAGCUAGUAAGGCGCGGUACAGGUACACACAGACAAGUAAAAGUUACUAUAGAAGAUGUUCCAGCAGGGUUAGCAACUCCACUUGUUCCUGGAGUGCGGCCGAGUCAGAGUAUAUGCGAUAUGAUGUUUCGUUCAAAGUUAGAGACUUUGCAGACAGAGUUGUGGGUAUAGAGUGUCAUCUUUGUAAGCGGCGUCACCAGCCGAUAUGUUAUUAUGUCGCAUGAGAUGAUAGAUUUUUGAUAGCAAGUUCGGAAAGCGUAGCU